UUCUCCGUUGCUCCUUCCUUGCUGCCAUAGAAACGGAAAAGCCGAUCAGAGGAUUAAUGAUAACGUAAACAAGCAGGCAAGCUAACGUUAGCCAGCUAGCUACCUCAGUGGCAAAACAAUUUUGCAUCACAGGAUAUCCUUACAAUAUUAAUUGAGGAAUAUCAUAUUGGUCAUGCCUUCACUCUCACAGAUGAAAGAAAACUCUGAGACCAGUAAAUGGUUAGAUGCACACUACGAUCCAGUGGCCAAUCUCUAUACUUUUUCAUCUUGCAUCGCUCUUGCAGACCUGCAUGGGGAUGGUGAGAAUAAGUUGGUGGUGGGGGACCUGGGAACUGGUUCAUGCAACAUGAAGCUGAAGGUGUACCGUGGAACUGGCCUGAUGAGUGAGAACACGUUGCUUGACCUGCCCACUGGCUUGGUUUCUUUCCUCAUGGACCAGCAUGAGCCACGCACGCCUGCCAUCGCUGUAGCUUCCGGCCCCUUCAUCUAUGUCUAUAAAAACCUGCGGCCCUACUUCAAGUUCACUCUCCCUCCAUUAGAGGUCAAUGCCCUGGAACAGGACGUAUGGAACCAGGCAAGGGAGGACAUGAUUGACCCAUUGAGCUUGAAGGAAAUGUUGGAGGGCAUCCGAGACAAAGCUGAUGUUCCACUCUCCGUCAGAUCUUUGAGGUUCCUCAUGUUGGACCCACAAGACAUGGAGGCUUUUGUGAACCUUCAUAAGGCUCAGCCAAUACGAAGACAGACUGUUAUUACAUGCAUCGGCACCCUGAAGAAGAACAUGGCUGAUGAGGAUGCAGUCAGCUGUCUGGUUAUUGGCACUGAGAGUAAAGAUGUCUAUAUCCUGGACCCUGAGGCCUUCACCAUCCUCUCCAAGAUGUCCCUCCCCAGUGCUCCCACGCAAAUGGAUGUGACUGGUCAGUUUGAUGUGGAGUUCCGGAUCACUGUGGCCUGUCGCAAUGGGAAUAUCUACAUCCUCCGCAGGGAGUCCCCCAAGCCCAAGUACUGUAUUGAGCUGUCUUCUCACCCUGUGGGGCUGGUGAGGAUGGGGAAGAAUGUGGUGGUGGGCUGUGCCCAGGAGACCCUGCAGGGCUUCACACAGAAGGGGAAGAAGCUGUGGACGGCCUGCCUGCCUGCCCCUGUCACUACCAUGGGUGUGAUGGACCUCCCCACCAGGGGCUUCCAGGCGGUGUUAGUGGGUCUGGCUAACUGUGAGGUCCACAUCUACAGGGACAAAAACCUCAUUAGCACCAUCAAGACUCCGGAUAUAGUGACCAGCAUUUGCUUUGGGAGAUAUGGACGAGAAGACGGAACCCUUAUAAUGACCACCAAAGGAGGGGGUCUGAUAGUAAAGAUCCUGAAGAGGACAGCUGUGUUUGAUGACAGGGACUCUGCCCCAGGCCCCCCUCUGGCACAAAGCAUCCGCCUCAAUAUCCCCAAGAAGACCAAGUUGUACGUGGACCAAACCAUGAGGGAACGGGAGAAUGCUGUGGCAAUGCACAGGGCCUUCCAGAUGGACCUGAGUCGUCUGCGUCUGGCUGCAGCGAGGGCCUACGUUAAAGCCCUAGAGUCCAGCCUUACACCCAUGUCCUCCAGCCUGUCUGAGCCUCUCAAGAUGAACGCAGUGGUGCAGGGCCUGGGCCCGUCCUUCAAGCUAACUCUGAACAUCCAGAACACAGCUGCAUGCCGUCCUGUCAUGAACUUGGCCAUCAGCUUCCUGUAUGACGAGAGCCUGUACAGUAUGAGGACAGCCUUCUUCAAGAUCCCCCUACUGGUUCCUGGGCUCAACUACCCUAUUGACACAUUUGUGGAGUGCCUGAGUGAUAAAGGAAUCUCUGACAUCAUCAAAGUGUUUGUGCUGCGAGAGGGCAAGAGUGCACCCCUGCUGACUGCCCAUAUCAACAUGCCCGUCAGUGAGGGACUGGCACUCAACUGAGAGAGAGAGAGAGAGAGAGAGAGAGAGAGAGCAAGCAUCAUCUUCAGUUCCUGGGCUGGCUGCUAUGCUCUCACCAUGUGCUUCUAGCGCCCUCUAGUGGCUGGGCUGACUCAAGGUGACUGGGACGUUAACAGGAGCAGCCUGUGUUUGCCCCAGAGGUUGUUAAAAGCCAUGUGUAGCAUAUGUAAGGUAGGUGAAGAUGUAGGGAUAUUUGUCCUUAGAGGAAACUCCAUGGAGAGAAAUGGGUUUAGAAUUGAAUCACAGGAUUUAAAAUUCAAAUGUAAGUGAAAUUGUAAGCUGUGUGUUGGUGGAUAGAGAUGUCAGGACAAUUAUGGUAGUUUUGAAUACAAGUGUAUAUAAAGUCAUUAUAUUUAUAUAUAAAUAAGCAUUAUUUAUUGCACUUUUAAAGUUUGUUAAAUAAUUGCCGGGAAAAAACAGAUUUGUGCUGCUCAUUUCUUAAUGUUUGACGUUCAGAUUAUGACAGAGGAUAAUGGCUACAUGUUCAGAUGUUUCAAUCAUUGCACUUUAUUUUCAAAAAUGAAAGAUAACAAAAAUCCAUACAUUCCUGAGAAGUGCAGAGGUAUCCAGAAAGAGUUGGCUUUUCAAACACUUUAAAUGUACUUAAUAAAACCUUAAAUGUC